GCGUUAGCCGUCGGUCGGUGGAUCUCUACCGUGUGGGACCUGUAGGCGGGAAGCAGCGCCCAGGGUCUAUUGUCUGUGAUUGUCUCCGGGGUUUGGUCCGGAGCCCUCCGUACCCGUCCCGGGGGUAGCCAAGCAGAGGCCACCCCAUCCGUCCCUUCCGCCCCCGGCCCCGGGAGGGACCGAGACCGCGUCACGCCCCUCAGGCGCUCGCCGUUCCCUCCUGUUAGUUGCGUCCGCCUCGUGUUCCCCGGAAUCAGACGGCACCCCAUAGAUGGCCAGCUUUUCCCCGAGGGUCAACGAGAAAAAGAUCGUGAGAUCACGUACUAUAGGCGAACUUUUAGCUCCAGCAGCUCCUUUUGACAAGAAAUGUGGUGGUGAGAAUUGGACUGUUGCUUUUGCUCCAGAUGGUUCGUACUUUGCUUGGUCACAAGGACAUCGUACAGUAAAGCUUGUUCCUUGGUCCCAGUGCCUGAAGAACUUUCUUCUGCAUGGCACCAAGAAUGUUACCAAUCCAAGCAGUCUAAGAUUGUCAAGACAAAAUAGUGAUGGUGGUCAGAAAAACAAGCCUCGUGAGCAUAUUAUAGACUGUGGAGAUAUAGUCUGGAGUCUUGCUUUUGGGUCUUCAGUUCCAGAAAAACAGAGUCGCUGUGUAAAUAUAGAAUGGCAUCGGUUCAGAUUUGGGCAGGAUCAACUACUCCUUGCUACAGGGUUAAGCAAUGGACGUAUCAAGAUAUGGGAUGUAUAUACAGGAAAACUCCUCCUUAACUUGGUUGAUCAUACUGAAGUGGUCAGAGAUUUAACUUUUGCUCCAGAUGGGAGCUUAAUCUUAGUGUCAGCUUCAAGAGACAAAACUCUCAGAGUGUGGGACCUGAAAGAUGAUGGAAACAUGAUGAAAGUGUUAAGGGGACAUCAGAACUGGGUGUACAGCUGUGCAUUUUCUCCUGACUCUUCUAUGCUGUGUUCAGUUGGAGCCAGUAAAGCAGUUUUUCUUUGGAAUAUGGAUACAUAUACUAUGAUACGGAAACUAGAAGGACAUUACCAUGAUGUUGUAGCUUGUGACUUUUCUCCUGAUGGAGCAUUGCUGGCUACGGCAUCUUAUGAUACUCGAGUGUAUAUCUGGGAUCCUUACAUUGGAGAAAUUCUGAUGGAAUUUGGGCACCUGUUUCCCCCUCCCACUCCAAUAUUUGCUGGAGGAGCAAAUGACCGAUGGGUACGAUCUGUGUCUUUUAGUCAUGACGGACUGCAUGUUGCAAGCCUUGCUGAUGAUAAAAUGGUGAGGUUCUGGCGAAUUGAUGAAGAUCAUCCAGUUCAAGUUGCCCCUUUGAACAAUGGUCUUUGUUGUGCCUUUUCUACUGAUGGCAGUGUUUUAGCUGCUGGGACACAGGAUGGAAGUGUGUAUUUCUGGGCCACUCCCAGACAGGUCCCUAGCCUUCAACAUUUGUGUCGCAUGUCAGUCCGAAGAGUGAUGUCCACUCACGAAGUCCAGGAGCUGCCCAUUCCUUCCAAAGUUCUGGAGUAUCUUUCCUAUCAGAGUUAGAGACUCUGCCUUCCUUGGUCCAGGGCUUGGCAGAGUACACUUUACACAAACCUCAAGCUUUACUUCAGUAUCUAUUUUGGUGCAUUCUUGUGCUGCAUUUUGAUGAGUUUAAAAUAUUAUUUAUAAGGGACCUAUUUCUGAACAUAUCAUAUGUAAAUUUUUAAAGGUAUAACUGUGAAAACUUGUAUGCAUACAUGUACAUAUUUAGAUGUAAGCUGCUGCGAGUUGAAUGGCCUCUGGCUUUUCUUAUUUCUAGUUCUGGUUGUGGAUACAGUACUUCAGCAGAGCCACAGUGCGUAGCUUUGCUUACUGUAAAGGAGUUUUUUAUUUUGGAGCAGUGAAUUAGAUUUUUAAAUACUGAGUUAGGAAAAUUGUAUUGCUUUACAGAAAAUGUGUAUGAUUAUAGGUGCUAGGUGUCUGGCUGACCUGUGCGUGACAGACGUUGUUGUGUAGGAAAGGAAUUUUUUCCAUUAGGGAUGGCAGCUGAGAGGUAGGAGUUAACAAAUGUAGUUGAGAGAGAACCAAAAAGGGGUCCCAUUCCCCUACUUCCAGUACUGCUGUGGGCUACGUUUUGGAAAGCAGCUUGCUUUUUACCCCUAUUGUAUAAAGUAUUAUACACUUUAGUCAAUUUGAAAAAUUCAUUUACUCUGUUACUAAGUAUUUUGUGUUUUGCUAAGGGACAGUUAUUUUAAGGCCAUGGAAUUUUUCUAAGUUGCUGAAGGCUCUGGUGUUAGUGAUUUGCCAGUAGAAACAGUGCAGUCUGUGUGUUUUGGUCUGUUAUUUAUCUUACCUAUAGAUACCAAGAAUGUAUGCAUUAUGUAAAAUGCUUGAUUAUAUAUUUUUGUUGAGUUUUUGAAAUAAAGUCUUGG